CUUCAUGAUUGGUUUUCUGUCUGCUUUCACAAAUAAGAUUUUUUACUCUUCUAUUAAAAGCUGUGCAUUUAAAUGGAUACUGUCACACAGGAGAGAAGAAUCAUAGAAUUGGUUUUGUUGUGUUGCUUUCUAACAAACUGAAUGACUGUGUGCUUACUCUGCUGAAAACUACAGUUACGCUCAUCUUUUGUAGAGCCUCUUUAAAGAUUUUACACAACGGUUAGUGAAUUGGUUCUGGAUUCAGAUGGGGAGGUUUAUCAAAUUGUCGCAGAAUAAUUUGCUUUUUUUUGUUAAGUUUUUUCUGGCAUGAAUAGUCAAUUCUGAUUGUUUUCAAAAUCAAAAUAAUGCAAUUCUGAAUGUUUCAUUGUUUAUAGCAAAGCUGAGACUUUACAACUGUAUACAAUGCAUAAGCAACAUAGAGCUACAUUAGUAUUGUACAGAAUUUAAUGGUGUGUAAAAAGGAACAUAUAAAUAUGUAUAUAUAUACUUAUAUAUAUUAUAUAUAUAUAUAGAGAGAGAGAGUAUCCACCAGUAAGGCAGCAAAUAUAUAUAUUUUUUGAUCCUGAGGAAAGCCCAACGUGGAGCUGAAACGUUGAUCAUUUUAAUGUAUACCCAAUAAAGCACUUUGAUUUUUAAGAAGACCGUGGAGUGCAGCCUUACUUGUGGAUACUCUAUUUGAACCAGCCUUCAGGCUUUGGCACCCGGCAAUAUUGAAGAAAGCGUGAGUGCAAGGAUUCUUUUUGUUUUAUAUAUAUCAUUGUAUCGUUAGCUACAGCUGACAAGCUGAAAGAAUGUCAUUAUUUUUCAUGAAUCCAUUAUUAUCCAUUAUUUCAUACAAUCCAUACGUAUAGUAACUGCUGCAUGUCAAGAAUAGGUGUAAAUAGAUUGUAUGCUCACUAAGCACUUUGUGUAAAAGAGAUUUAAUGGUUCGAUCUCAGCUUACGGGCCGAGCCCUCUUUACCUUUUGUAUUUGUCUGUGUAUAUUGUACGUUCUCCCUUAAUUGUACAGCGCUGCAGAAUUUGUUGGCGCAUUACAACAUCCUAGUUGUACAGCUUCCUAGUUGUGAAUAACCCACUGGAGAAAGACUGUGGUCCCUUCAGAAAAUACUUGCAUUCUUGUUUUACUUUAUCUAUUUUGAAGAUCAGAACAUAUCUUAUGUCAAAGCGAAUUCAAAUCAUGCUUUUUUUAUGCCUUUCUUAAACUCAUUGAUUCGAUUUUCACCAUCUUUGAUACAGCAAACUGUGUGAAAAUGAUUGGACAUAAAUUGACGGUACUCACUGACUCUACAUCUCAACCACCUCCAGAAGGAGCUGUAAUCAUUAUGGUGCUUAGGAUUUAUAGGUGUUAAAGGAGCGUUAAAAAAAAAAAAAUGUAUAAAAGUGUACCUUAAUGUGUUUAAUUUACUGACUUUAUACAUAAAAAAUAAAUUGUAAAAUGCCAUAAAACGUACUUGUAAUCCAGCACCAGGAAAGUGUCCUCAGUGCAGUCAGUCAUUAAAUCUGUAGAUUUUUUCCAAUCCAAUGCUUCUCACAGAUAAUUUUACAAUGUCAGACAAAAGGGGCAGCAUUUGUUCAUGAAAACCACUUCAUUAAGUUGAUGUGGUUUUGGUUCUCACAGUGUCACUUUAAAUUGUAUAUGAGAAGCUGACUUGGUCGUCUCAGCCCUUCUAGGAGCUCGCAAAUUUGUAAACGGCCAUAGUUUCAUCUGAAACGGCAAAUGUGACUUACUCCCAUAUCCUAUGGGCUCCAUGCCGGCUUUAAAUGUAUGAUGAAUAGUGAUGUCGCGAAUCGUUCGCGAACUUUUUGCGAACGGUUCGCCACGAACCGUUCGCGGCGAACUCCGGUCAGCUGACACAUCCCAGCCAAUCUCCAGCAGACCCUCCCUCCCAGACCCUCCCAACUCCUGGACAGCAUCCAUGUUGAAGGCAGCUUCAACAUGGAUGCUGUCCAGGAGAUGGGAGGGUCUGGGAGGGAGGGUCUGCUGGAGAUUGGCCGGGAUGUGUCAGCUGACCGGAGUUCGCCGUGAACAGUUCGUGGCGAACCGUGGCAAACCCUUCGCGAAAAGUUUGCGAACGGUUCGCGACAUCACUAAUGAUGAAUGUCAUUAUUUUUAUAUAAUUUCAUUGAUAAAAUGAAAUUAUAAUGGAUCAUUAUUCCAGCUUUAUUGAUUACUGCUUCAGACAUUUAGCAAAUUUCAAACAAAAAGCAAUCGAUAAACCACUAAAAGCACAUUCUAAAGUAUUUGCGCAUGUGCAGAAGUAACUCCACAAACACCUCUCUGAUUUGUUGACAUUUACAAGCAACGUUACCAAAUCUAUACUAAAGAUUCUGAAGACUGGAAGCAGUGGCUGCAGCUGCUGGUGCCCUGUAGGUCCCAGGUAAGUUGUCAAACCAUAUUAAAUUGGUUUGACUACUUAACGUGAGAUGGCGCCAAGCCACUCCCGACACCAUAACCUACAGUGAGCUUGGAGCAUUCCUUUAAAGAACCACACACUGCAAUGUUCAUAUGAAACAUUAAAGGUUAAUGACAAAUGCAUCACCUAUUUGCAUCAUUAGAGCUGUCAGAUACCUAGUGAAAGGCCUGCGAAAGUGACAGAUUUAUUUAUUUUUUUGUCAUUUACAACUUGAAUUGGUCUGUCAAGAUUAACAUUGCAAAAUUAACAACUAAAUUAUGAUUAAGGCUCGGUUUUAAUUUGAUAACAUUUUCUGACUUUAGUGGCGUCACCAGCAGUAAAAUCAUCAGCGAAAUUUAGAUUGGGAUUAUGUGGAUUGUGAUUUACCCCUAUUACCAAAUUUCAUUUGGAAUUAAUAUCCUUAAACAAUGCUGAGUACCAUGGAAUGAAUAAAACUGUGAUUGAGAAAUCCUGCUGAGUUUUACAUUUUCACUUGUAUCAUUAUAUUGUCAAAGAAUAAACAGAAUUUGAGUAAUAACCUGUUUUUGUUAGCAAUAUAGGGAGUACGUAUUAAUGUUUAACCAUAGUGCAAAUACCUCACCAAUUGGUGGGAGACUCUAAAAAAACCUUCCACACUAGCUUUCUAUGCGUCUUUGUUUUACAGACCAAGUCAGAAAUGAAGUUGCCUUUAUUGAUUCUAAUAUUGGCCCUUUUCAUUCAGAAGAAUCAUUUGGCCACUGUUACCAGGUAACAUUUGUUGUAUUUUAAUUGGCUCUAGAAUGUUAGAGAAAAUCUUCUCAAACAUCGUCAUGUGGUGAAAUGUUUUUGUUUUGUACCUGUGGUUUAUUAGUUCUUUCUCAGUCACCACUCCCCUCAGGUCUGUUAGCUUGUCUUUUUUUUACCUUCCCCUCUUGUUUAUCCCGACCUUUCUAUAUUUAAGCACUCUCUCUUACUUUCCAUGUCUUUAAUCCAAUGCAUUUUACUGAGCCUUUGUCUUUUGUAUCUGUCUAACCCCAUGCAUUUCUUCUGUCAUAAGUCAGAGCUGUGCUAUGCCCCAAGAAGCCCUUCCAUAGCAUUGAUGUUAAGGAAAUUCAGCAAAUGUAGUAGAUCGCUUAAAGGACCACCAGAGGGAACCAGACAACUAAAUCUCAAUGGUGGUUGCAGGGCUAAACACACCUCUAGUGGCUGUCUUCCUGAUUUGUUUAUUAAAUCAAAUACUGCUCAAAGAGAGCAUUUGAUUGGAGCAGUGCAGCGUUUUGCAGUGCAUGCGCACUAGCCUCCCGAUGCUUCCCCAUAGAGAAGCAUUUCAUUGGCUGAAAUCAUCAAUCCUGCUGAUAUCAAUCAGGCAGGAAGCUGGGGCAGCUGUGACAAGACCAGCAUGGUGAGGAAGUAUAGGCAAGUAAGAACUACCUUUUAAAACCUCACAGGGGGGGAGGAGGAGGAGGGUGGAUACACUUGAAUAGGUAGGGUAACACUACAGCACACAUUUGUAUUCCUAACGCUAUAGUGUUCAGGGGCUUUUUGUUAAUCAAUAUAUAAUGAUUGUCACCACUAUCAAUGGGGCUAUAUAUAUAUAUAUAUAUAUAUAUAUAUAUAUAUAUAUAUAUAUAUAUAUAUAUACCCUUUCAUAGUGGUGAAAAUAUAUUUAAGUGUUGUUCACGGAAUUCUAGUAAAUUAAAUCUGAAUGGUAAAAUUUAAUCUAAAGUAGCCCUAUUAGUGUUUUUGUAAAAAUAUAAAGCCAAUGUGUAGUUUUAAUUUUGUUUUCCUAUCUGUAAUUGUAAAUAAAAAUAUUUUAAAAUGUUUAGAAAAGGUAUAACACGGUCAUAUAUGUACUGCAAGUAUUUAGUUAAACAAUUGUAAAUCCAUGUUUUAAGCAAUGGUUCAUUUUGACACGAUUGUGACGUCAUGGCAUCUUCUUUCUACAAGAGAGCCAGGGAUAGACCCAGCAAGAAAGAAUAGGGAGAAAAGUGACUUUCUGUGACAACCUUUUUAUUCUAUUUUUAUUUUAAUUUUAUUGUGUGUAGAUACAUAAGGACAACAUUCAAACCAUAUAAAAAACAAAUUCUAUAUAUGAAUCUUAGUAUACAAAGAACAAAUAUCAGCAUUAACAUUCAUACAUUGUUCCAAACUAAGAUGGGCAAUAGAUUGUCCACGCUGAGUGUUAAAAAUCAAAGAGCAUAAAAUAGAGGAAGUCACUUAUAUAUAGGGACACACCAAGUUAAAGGGUCAUAUCACUGCUGAAAUAAAAAUCACUGUUUAGUAGAUAUAUUCCCAAUGAACACACACAUGCAUUAAUUAUGUAUUUUACAUUUGGGACUAUAUUCAAAACAACUUGCAGGAGCUUUAAGUCUCUUGCUUGCAGCCUUUGCAGGCCCUCCCUUUCUUCCCCAGCCCACACUUUCUGUGGCUGUCCAAUCACAAACUUCCCAAUGUAGCUCAAUGAGAAGUCUUUGCAAGGCAGGUGCUGUGGACAAUUGCUGCCUCUUGAGUUUGGCUCCACUGAGCUAACCAAACCCCCAAGUAACAGGGCCCAUUGUUUGAUUGACAGCCACGGGGGUGUCACAAGUUUAAUUUAUAAAAGUGUACAUUUUUGUUGAAAUCUGCACUUUUUGUAAUAUGAACAAAAGGCACACAGUUCAAACACAAAGCAUUUCAGUAAGCUAAAGAGUUUUAGCAGUCUGGUGUGACCCUUUAAGAAUGCAACAUAAUAAACAUAAAAAAACAAAUACUAACUUCUCAAUAAACAGAAGAAGCAGUGAUUUCUUCUUCAGUUUGCUCUAAUGACAUCGAUCAGAAUAGUCUGUAUCCCAAGGAUGUGGUACUGUGGCAUGUAAGGCUGACCUUCAGCUAGAAGGCUUCAAAAAUAUAAAUCCAGUCAUCUUUUGUAAAGACUGCUUGAUAUCAAGGCAUGUCAUGGCUCUGUAGCUACAUAACAACAGCCAUUUUGGCCCCAUCUUAUCACUGGUGACUCCGACUGUGAGCCUCUUUGUGCUGAAUGCUCUUAUGAUUCUGUGUUGACCCACACCAGAACACAGAGAAGUAACCCACAGUAAGUUGGGUCUUUACUGAAUUCGAUAUGGAAUAGGCGAGGGUGGGAGUGCAGCCACCUCUCCUACACUAACUGUAUGCUAGGCCUCAGCUCCUCAGUAAAAUCACAGAAUCCUCAAAAAUGUUAUGCUAAUUGCGGGAACUAAAGUGGAACGCAACUGCAGAGGAUAUAAACAGUUAAAUUCCUAGAUGAGGAAAAAGGAUUAGAUAUAACUAGAACAAUUCCUGUUGCUUUAAGGAUUUCCGGGUUAAAGGUAGUUUGCUGAGAAGCUUAAGUAGAGGAGACGUUGCAGCAGUUAGAAAAUUAAGGUAGUGAUGGCAAGUGAGUUUCAGUUCAUAUUAGGAACACCAAUAUGUUAGUUGCUAGAAGCAGGAAGAGUAGCAAUUACGCAGCAAAAAAGUAUUGGAAUUACCGAGGAUAGAUACAAUCAAAUAAUCAUCACAGCUGAGUGAGAAGAGAAUUAAAGGACCACUAUAGACACCCAGACCACUUCAGCUUAAUGAAGUGGUCUGGGUGCCAGGUCCAUCUAGGAUUAACCCUUUCUGCUGUUUCAGAGAAGCUGCUAUGUUUACAAAUGGGUUAAUCCAGCCUCAAGUGGUUGUCUCAUUGACAGCCGCUAGAGGCGCUUCCACGCUUCUCACGCUUUUUCACAGUGCAUGCGCAUUCAGCCGAUGACGGGGAAAGGAGGAGGAGAGUGCUUGAAAAAGGAAAAAAGGUAAGGGAUUAACCCCUUCCUCACCCUAGAGCCCGGCGGGAGGGGGACCCAAGGACCCUAUAGAGCCAGGAAAACGAGUAUGUUGUCCUGGCACUACAGUGGUCCUUUAAUACUUAGGACUAGCUGGGGAAUGAGAUCCAAUUCCACUUGCAGUUUCCUUAAUAUGGAAUCUCAGAGAAGAUAAAUCCAAUGUGAGAAGCUGUAGAAAAACUUAAGUCAAUACGUGGUCAGGGAUAGGAGAAUGGAGGUCAGCGGUAAACGGUCCAGGUUCGGUACACGGGAAAGUAGUUUAGUGAGAGAGCUCUUUUGCAGCCGGUCUGAAGAUCUUGAGGAAGCCUCAAAAUAAUCAAGCACUUGAAACUGGUGCAGUCUCCCUGAGUUGCGAGAGGAAGCCACGUCAAUGAAGGGGGCAUGGUGUUGCUCCGUCAACCCGGAAGUAUCGGAAGCGGAGAAGCCGACAGGUAAGUCCUGACAAAAAAGCUCUACAAAAACAUUCAUAAUACUUGUUGGUUGGUUUGGUUAAAAAAACUCAAAGUCUUUGCAGAUUUGUAUAUAAUGUCCAAUCUGUCUUUUUAGCUGAAACUGGAAAAUCUGCUCACAAGCUCCAAAUUGUCCUGCUACUCUAGAUGGCUGUCUGACCCACCUCUCCAAGGGGAAAUGUUAUGUUAAAUAAUUUGGGUUUUGACUCGUAUUAAAAUUUGUUUCCUCACAAAGUCAUGCUGGACUAAAAUAUAACACCCAUUAAAGUAGUGAGGUGCAUUCCCUGUAUACAACUACAGAGUUUUUUACUGAGUGCUAGAGGUCUAUGUUUAUGAAGAUAGCGAGACUAUGAAGAGAUGGCUUGUUUGUGUGUCAACUGUGUUUUUCAGGUUCCAAUGCUUACUUGAUUGAGUGAUUUAUUUUCUUAGGAGUGACCAGGUGUUAAAUGUUCGGCCACGGACUGACGCUCAUGUUGACGUUAUAAAGAAUAUCACCUCCAUGUCAGAGGUAGUAGAGCAUUUACAUGUAUUUUACUGUGUUAGUUUAUAUAGGCCUCAAUUUAAUUCUUUUGGAUAAUCUUUCAAAUGAUCACAAUCUGUUAGAAAAACUUUUCAAAUUAUUUAUCUACAGAAGUCACCAUUAAAGUCUAUGGGAUUUUGUGUAGAUAAAUUAUUUGCAAAGUUUGUUAUCAUUUUAAUAGUGUAUCCAAAAUAAUUAAAUUGAGGCCAUGAUGUAAUUUACAUGUGUUCCUCAAGUGUUAAAUGUAUUGCAUUUCCAGCAUCCUAAACUAUACCUAUAAAUUGGAACAGUCAAUGAAUUAGUUAAGGCAGUUUUACUUUGAUAUAUUAAAUGAACAUAGAGAAAGCAUUGGACUGGCUGAAAUCGGCAUGGAGGUGGGACGAUGGUGGGGCCAGACGCCGGCUUGGCCAAUCAGCACCUCCUUAUAGACAUGCAUUGGAGAAUUUAGCGUCUCAAUGCAGAGCGUGGAGACCCUGAACAGCAGUGCACAGUGUGCAGCACUGCCCCAUGAAGCACCUCCAGGGGCAAUAUAAACACUGCCUUUUCUCUGAAAAGGCAGUGUUUGCAUGAAAAUGCCUGAAGGUAAUGAUUAUACUCACCAGAAAAACUACAUUGAGCUGUAGUUGUUCUGGUGACUAUUGUGUCCCUUUAAAUCUUACUCACAUGCUACUGGGUAUUUUGUACAGAGAGCUCUGAAAAAACAAUUAAUGGAGUUUUCACAUACAUAAUGAUACAUCCUCUUCUCAACCUUAUAAACAGAGAUUUAAAACAUUUUAAAUAUUCUUAUGCAAAGAAAAUUGGCUUUAAAGUGUCAUGUUGAUACAGUUCCUCGCUCCUUCACUAUUGUAAACAGUAUACAAACACUCUUCACUUAUUGACCGAGUUCCGUUCCUACGACCCGGUCGUAGAACGAAUUGGUCGGUAAGUGAGGAGUUAAGGGAUUCCCUGCUCUGGGGCGUUCGUCUAUGUUCGGGGAAACGUCCCCAAACAUAGACGAACGCACCAGAGCAGAGAACCCCUCUAAUCUAUGUUCGGGGGAAUUUCCCCGAACAUAGAUUUGAAGGAUUUCUUGCUCUGGUGCGCUUGUCUAUGUUCGGGGAAACUUAGACAUUUGUAAAACAGGUAGGUCGCUAAAUGAUGACCACCUGUAGAAGCGAUUGCUGGGGAGAGUAGCACAAGGUAAAUAAAGAACACUCCUCCAUAACAGUUUGUUUGAUGUCCAAAGUGAAAUCAUUGCCGCAUGAUACAUACGAUGUUGUUCUGGGUCUUAGCGAGCUAGUAGCAGGAUUAGAUUUUUAGUCCAUAUACCUGUGAGCAAAAAAUCUACAAAUACUAGCAAACCACCACGAGAUAACCACAUACAAACUAAAAGAUGUAAAAAGAAAAGAAAAACAAUCUUAGACUUGCAUGGGAAAAGAAGUGAAAACAGAUGGAAUUGCACAAAUUGUACACUAAGUAGACUUGUGCAUACACACAUUUUGCCCUUCUCUAAUCAUUGCUCUGAGUGCGAUAUUUACAUCAUCAAAUGUCACACACCUGUGUCCACUGCAUCUUAGCUAGGGAUGUGUCAAGCUCUUACUCCAUCUUAUUAAGCAGCAUGUCUGUCAUUACAAAUGUACCAAAAGAGUCCGAUUAUCACUUAAUCUUAAUGAAGAGGUUGUGGCACAAAGACCGACUCUAUUCCUUAUGUAUGGCAAUGUAAAGCUUUACUGUUUCAGUAAAAAGCCAACAUUUUGCUUAAACCAUGCCUCUGUUUGCUGUUGCUGUCAGCACACAUCCAGUAAAGGUACUUGAACUUCCUCAUUAAAGACUAGAUUUUUGAAGGUAUUCAUGUUUCACGUCAUCAUGCACAGCAUAAAGAAACAGUGGCUUUAGUAAUAAUUAAUUUUUAUUAAAUUAAUUUAAAAAGUCAACAUAGUAAUAGCACUCAAAUCAACAUAGUGAUAGUGCUCAAAUGGACAUCAAAGGCAAUAAAAUAUAUAGAUUGUAUUUCCUCUUCUUUAUUUGUAUUCCAUACCCACUUUAAUUAUGAAACAAAAGUCCAAUAUUUUUUUUGUCCCUUUAUAAAUCAGUAAGCUCAAUAUUUUUGUCCCUAUAUAAAUCAGUAAACACUUAUUGCAAGUAGGAGUCCCCUGCUACCUUCCUAGAUCUAUGCUCAAAAGGAUCCUUUCGCUCAAUGAAUGGAGUAAUUUUGCCUGUGGAGCACCUCAACCCAUACCAAGUACCCUAAUGUGUAUAGUGCAGGUAAGUACAAAUGGAGUUAGAGUGAAAAAAGAUGGGUGUUCCUUCAACUGUCCUGUCCGAAUUAAGAAAUAACUAUGCCACAGUAUUUGCCAGCUGAUGUGAACAAGUUGCUAGAUUAUGGAAAAGGUAGAAGAGUAGUAGUUUUAAAUUAAGCACUUGACACGAGCUUUGCCUGCAAGCUGGACUCAUCAUAAUGGUGUUGCCUGAAUUAUGAUUUAGUGCUUCACUUUAACCAUUUAAGGACACAGCUUCAGGAGAAAAAGGCCAACAUGACGGAACAUUUUUGUCAUGUGUCCUUAAGGGCAUAAGAGGCAUCAGACUGGCAGAGUGUAGCAGUUGUUGUGCAUGCACUGUAGGUCACCAAUGCUUAUCUAAGUAUUGGACCAAGAUUAUCAACCAUUAUGUCCAGGGCCGGCACUCCUCUGCUGCAGCCUCCUGCUCAACCUCUGGUGAUGUCAACAGCCACGCCAAUAUCACCCGUGAUCUUGUCCAAUCCAGUGCUUUCCGUGCAUUCACAGCAACAUGCAGCACUCCUCCAAUCUGCAGUAUUUGAUUCUCCAAAUCCAGUCUGGAGGAGAAAGCACAUCUAGUGGCUGUUAGGAAUCCAGUAGAGCUGGAUUUAACCCGGCAAUGUAAACACAGCAACUUCUAAAAAAAAAUUAUUAUACAUUGCAGGGUUAAUAUGACAGGACCACUAUACCCAGAUGACUUCAAUCAGACUAUAUUAAGACUGUAGCUUUUACAAUUUGGAAGUAAUAAUUUGAAUUAAGUAACCAUUUUUUUAAAUCUUCUAAACUAAUUAAAAAUACAUUUUUAGGUUAUUCUGUGGAAACCGGACUCUUCUGAUCAUAUAGUAAAGAACAAUGAAGUCCAUUUCUAUGUUAAUGUGUCUGCAGUUGAUGAAGUGAAGACCCAGCUUGAUAAAUCUGGAUUUACCUACACGUAAGUGAUCCAUGACUUGCAACUGCAAUAUUGACCUACCUGAAUGUUAUAUUUUUUUCUAUCGCAACUUUUUAUCGUUAUUGUCCAAAUACAUGUUUUUGUUAUAAUCCAGGGUCCUUGUUGAAGAUGCACAAAGCCUAAUUGAACAGCAAACAUUCAAUGAUUCUGUCGGUCAACGCAGCAGCGUGUCCUAUUAUGAACAGUAUCACAGCCUAGAUGAUGUAAGACCUUUUUCCAAUAUUGCAGACAUAUCUACAUGGUAUGGUACAUAGCAGAAAUGGCUAUCAAUGGUAACUGAGCUGCUUAUGAACUACUGUUUGAUUCUCAGUCAGAUUCCACAAACAGUCAUAUUGCAAUAAAAGAAGAUAUAUAGGCUACCUAAUGAAUUUGUUUAUUGAUUCUAAAGAACCAAUUUCUGAUCCCUCACAAGUUGGAAAAUAUAUAUAUUUUUUCAAUAUGACAGUUUAUUAAGGUUUAUAUAAAAAGAGAUAGAAUGCAAAGACUUGCAGCUUACUGGAUGCAAUAACAUUAUGUAGUGAUAUACAUUGAGUUGAAUGCUGUAUGUAGAGUACAGAAGUACAAAAGUAAAUCAAAAUCAAAAUGAUAUAGUGGGCAACAAGUAAGAUAGAGAAAGGAGGGGAAGACAGAGGAUAGGGUAUGAGUGGAUUCCUUGCAUUUGUCUUACACUUCAGUACCACACAUCACAUAGAUAUACGUGCAACAAUGUUUCAAAACAUGAGUGUUAUAAUAUACAGGAAUAUUGUGACAAACACAUUCACGUGCAUCCCAUUAUCAUUAAGGAUUUAAUUUUCUUAAGGCCACAUUUGAACGCACCUCCAGCACACAAUGUCAAUAAUAGCUUUGAUCGACUAAUGCUAACAUGUAAUGCCAUCAUCAUAAACCCAGUUUGUCCAAGGAAGGUGUCCCACAAUUUGCAAGCUUUCUUUGUUGUUUUGUUACCACGGCCUGGUAUAAACAUCAUAUGUUCAUAUGAACACGUCAGAGGACUCUAUGUCUGUGCCUGUGGCUACCAUGGGUAAUCUCCAAUUCCUCGCAAUUAGUGUGUUUUCUGCUAUCAGCAUAGGAAAUAUAAGUUUUAAGCUAUGUUUAAGUAAAUACAUAGGCAGCAUAAACAGCAAAUAGGAUUCAACAGUGGGUGGAAGGUUUACCCCUUUUUUAUUGUAUAACAUUGUAUGUACUCUCGACCAGUACAUCGAUAUCAGUGGGCAGCUACUACACACAUCUAGUAGUGCCUGUGUCUAACUGACGUUUAUAACAUUCCCCAUUCCGUUUACCUAUAAUGUGAAUUAGCCUAGCUUGGACCAGAUACCAUCUAUAUAUUAUUUUCAUUCAAGUUCUAUGUGUGUUGCUUAUAAAUGUUAAACUCAAAGGCUAACUCGGGCCAAAAAAACAAGGCAUAAGUUUAUGUGGGCCGCACACAAAAAAAGAGUUUGUCCUAGACCAACACAAACUAAAAUUACUUGUAUCCUUCUCCUGCAAACAAUAUUUAAUCCUGGGUACAUAUAUAUAAUUCACUCAAAUGCUUCACCUCAAGUUACUUACCAUCUCAGUAGUAAUGCCACUGUCUGAAGUGUCCGCUCCGCUAGCUCCCUCAGUGCUUCUGCAAACUGCAGUCUCAGCCAGAUAGGUAGACACACUUUCCUCACCGCUCGCCCCCUAGUCCCUCUGUAAUCUCCAGGCAGAGUAAUGAGUGGCUGCACACUCCACUCCGCUCACUUCUACCCCCCUUCCAUCCAUGUCUGUUUCCCUCACACACAAGUUCACUCACUAUCAGGCACACACACACACAACUCACUCAUUAGCAGACACACACAAAGCUCACUCACUAGCAGCCACAUACACACACAAGUUUACUCACUAUCAGGCACACACACAUACACAAGUUCAGUCACUAACAGGCACACACACACAGGUUCACUCACUAUCAGGCACACACAGACACACUUAAGUUCAUUCAAUAGCAAGCACACACACACACACAAGUUCACUCACUAGCAGGCACACACACAUACACACAAAAGUUCACUCACUAGCAGCCAUAUACACACCCACAGUCAUGGCUGAAACUUACCUGGCACUUGUAGGUGAAGUUGCCAUUUUGUGACCUCUUCUUCUCAGAGAGGUCAGCAACGUGCGUGUGGGGUCGGAGCUUGUGCGCUGGAGCGGGGCUUGCAUUCGGGGGUGGGGCAUGCAGCAGAAAUUGAGGUAAAUAGUGCAGGGAGACUGACAGGUCUCCUUCCGGCCGCAUUGCGCAUUGCCUAAUUGCGGCCACACCAGCCCUCAGCUCCUCCCUCCUUACUCCACAGAAGCUGGCACAGUCCGAGGGGAAAAUCAUUUAAAUAACAUUAGCCUGAUGAUCAGGGCUGUCUGCCUGGCCUCAGGUGCCGCGGCCCACCGGGAAAUUUCCCGGUAUCCCGGUGGGCCAGUCCGGCCUUGUUCACAACUCAAAUUUUUGCUCUUCUCCUCCAAUAAAAAUGUGUGCUUUGGCUCUACCUGGACUGAACUGAAUUUUGAUAUCAACUGCAAAAUGUUUAACUUUCAUAUAUAAGAAAACAAAGCAUCAUAGGAUUAAAAGGUUAAAGGACCACUUUAGUGCCAGAAAAAACAAGCUCGUUUUCCUGGCACUAUAGUGUUAAUAGGUCCCUCCCCACCCUCAUGGCCCCCCUCCCGCCGGGCUCUGGGGGGAGGAAGGGGUUAAAGGCUUACCUUUCUCCAGCGCCGUGCUCCCUCGGCACUGGGAACUCUCCUCCCUCUUCCGCCGAAUGCGUAUGCGCGGCCGCGCACGCAUUCAGUCAGUCCAUAGGAAAGCAUUCUCAAUGCUUUCCUAUAGACGCUGGUGUCUUCUCACUGUGAAAAUCACCAUGAGAAGCACGGAAGCGCCUCUAGCGGCUGUCAAUGAGACAGCCACUAGAGGCAGGAUUAACCCAUUAGUAAACAUAGCAGUUUCUCUGAAACUGCUAUGUUUACAGCAGGCAGGGUUAACCCUGGAUGGACCUGGCACCCAGACCACUUCAUUAAGCUGAAGUGGUCUGGGUGCCUAUAGUGGUCCUUUAACACAGGUUAUAGAGGAUUUUAAAUCUUGCAUUUACUAGUGUAAUUUUACUUUUAUUCUAUAAAAGACAUCAAAAAUGUUUUGGUCUUUUUUCAUGUUAGAUUUACUACUGGAUGGAGCAAAUGGCAGAGAAAAAUCCUGACAUGGUGGAGAAAUUUAACAUUGGAUUUUCAUUUGAGAACCGACCCCUUCAGGUGUUAAAGGUAGCACACAAUUAUUGAGUUACUAUAAAUGUAAACUUUUGCAAGUCAUUUACAGCUAUCUGGCACUGGUUCUGAGGUUACACUGCCAAUAACCCUCCAGCAUGCUUGAGAUAUAAAAAAAAAAUAAAUCUAAAAAUGAGCAACCCAUAAGAAACAAAGCCGUAUUUAAAGUAGUGUGCAAUGAUCACAGUUUAAGGAUUAUUAAUGUGAUUUAGAUACAUAGUAGAUUUUGGUACAUGUGGACCUUUUGUUUUGAUUUAUCUCAUAAACUGCUAGCCAAUUUGAAAAGAAAUAAUACAGCAUUAUAAUGAUAUAUAAUUUUUUCCAGCUAUCGGGAAAAAAAGGAAUGGAAGAGGAAGCGAAAGGCACAAAAAUUGCAAUCUGGAUUGACUGCGGGAUACAUGCAAGGGAGUGGAUUUCCCCAGCAUUUUGCAUGUGGUUUGUAGGACACGUAAGUACCACAAUACUGUUUUGAUUUGUAGAAAUAUUACUAUACUUGAAAUUAUACCCAUCAAGUGAAACACUUUCAAAGAUUAACCAUAAUAUUGCACAGCAGACAUUUCGAUGUAUCAUAAGAGUUCUUAAAUAUAAGGACCGUUGUGACCAUGGUACUUCCACAAGUGGUGCUCAGUUGUAUUUUCCUACUACGACAGUAAGGUAGGAACUGUAACCAUGGCACACCAGAGUUUUGUAAAGCAGACUAAAGUGAGUGCCAUUUGCAAAACUUAUCUUGAAUGACUUGAAAUAAUUACAUUUUUUUUUUUUAAAUAAACAUCUUGCCAUGUUGUUAAAUCUUUUAAUAAUCUAAAUACUAAAGUGCCCUUUUAUUCUUUUUAAUGUUUCAUAUUUAGGCUGUAGGGUUCUAUGGGACUGAUAAAACCAUGACGAAGCUACUGAAAUAUAUUGAUUUUUAUGUUUUACCAGUAAUGAAUGUUGAUGGCUAUCACUACACAUGGACAACUGUAAGUAUUUUACACAUUAAACAGAAACAGGCACACCAUGCUUUGUUGCAGUCAGAAUAAUUUAUUAAAUAACAGGUUAUUCAGGAUUUCUUACGUUACAUGGCAUCCAAAUGGGGGUGGACCAAAAAACUGUUUUAUAAAAAAUAAACAAUUGAUAACAAUAACAAUAAAACUAAUAAAAAUUAAAAAGUGAUUCUGUGGUUGACUGAAUGGUAUACAUUUAAAAAGGAUAGGGAAUUAAACAAGGGCUCCUGCACAUAGAUUAACUACUGUACUAUGUAUUAAUACGCAAAAUCCAUUCAAGAUAGCACAAUAACUUUAUCAUACCGUUAUGGAAGUAGACAAGUCCAGGUGUACUCUCACCUGGAGGAUUACGCAACUCAGUUAUAGUUGUACUCAAAAGUUUGUAUACCCUGGCAGAAAUUGUGAGAUUUUGAAAAUAUGACUGAUCAUAUAAAAAAAUGUAUUUUAUUGAAGGAUAGUGCUCACAUGAAGCCAUUUAUUAUCACAUAGUUGUUUUGCUCCUUUUAAAAUCACAAUGUAAACAGAAAUCACACAAAUGGCCCUGAUCAAAAGUUUACAUACCCUUGAAUGUUUGGCCUUGUUACAGACAUGCAAGGUGACACACACAGGUUAAAAUGGCAAUUAAAGGUUAAUUUUUUAAAUUGCAAUUAGUGUCUGCGUACAAAUAGUCAAUGAGUUUGUUAGUUCUCACGUGGUUGCACUGAGCAGGAUAGAUACUGAGCCAUGGGGAGCAGAAAAGAACUGUCAAAAGACCUGCGUAACAAGGUAAUGAAACUUUAUAAUAUUGGAAAACGAUAUAAAAAGAUAUCCAAAGCCUUGAAAAUGCCAGCCAGUACAGUUUAAUCACUUAUUAAGGAGUGGAAAAUUCAGGGAUCUCUUAAUACCAAGUCAAGGUCAGGUAGACCAAGAAAGAUUUCAGCCACAACUGCCAGAAGAAUUGUUCUGGAUACAAAGAAAAACCCACAGGUAAACUCAGGAGAAAUACAGGCUGCUCUGGAAAAAAACAGUGUGGUUGUUUCAAGUAGCACAAUACAAUGAUACUUGAAAAAUUAGCUACAUGGUCUAGUUGCCAGAAAGAAGCCUUUACUGCACCAAUGCCACAAAAAAGACUGGUUACAAUAUGCCCGACAACACCUUGAUACGCCUCACAGCUUCUGGCAUGCUGUAAUUUGGAGAGACAAGACCAAAAUAGAGCUUUAUGGCCACAACCAUAAGCGCUAUGUUUUGAGAGGGGUCAACAAAGCCUAUAGUGAAAAGAAUACCAUCCCCACUGUGAAGCAUGGUGGUGGCUCACUGAUGCUUUUGGGGCGUGUGAGCUCUAAAGGCACAGGGAAUCUUGUGAAAAUUGAUGGCAAGAUGAUGAAUCCAGCAUGUUAUCAUAAAAUACUGGCAGACAAUUUGCAUUCUUCUGCACGAAGGCUGCGCAUGGGAUGCUCUUGGACUCUCCAGCAUGACAAUGACCCUAAGCACAAGGCCAAGUUGACCAUCCAGUGGUUACAGCAGAAAAAGGUGAAGAUUCUGGAGUGGCAAUCAGAGUCCCCUGACCUUAAUAUCAUCAAGUCACUCUGGGGAAAUCUCAAACAUGCGGGCCAUGCAAGACAACCAAAGACUUUGCAUGACCUGGAGGCAUUUUGCCAAGAUGAAUGGGCAGCUAUACAACCUGCAAGAAUUAGGGGCCUCAUAGACAACUAUUGCGAAACACUGUCAUUGAUGCCAAAAGGGGCAAUACACAGUAUUAAGAACUAAGGGUAUGCAGACUUUUGAACAGGGGUCUUUAUAUUUUUUUCUUCGCUGCCAUGUUUUGUUUCAUGAUUGUGCCAUUCUGUUAUAACCUAAAGAUGAAUAAGAAUCCCAUAAGAAAUAAAAGAAAUAUGUUUUGCCUGCUCACUCAUAUUUUCUUUAAAAAUUGUACAUAUAUUACCAAUUCUCCAAGGGUAUGCAAAUGUUUGAGCACAACUGUAUGAAGACAACAUUUAAAAAAAAAAAAAAAAAAGAGGAUAAGCUUACUUCCUAAUAAAAAUCAUAAUCUUGUAUGACAUGAAAAUAUCAAAACAUCUAAGAUGCUGAAUUGUGAAAUAUGUAAAGUUCUCUGAAUAUGACUAUAUAUUUUUUUUUAAAUCUAAAGGCUAUUAAAAUAUUAGUUUGAUACCUAAUGAUCUCUGUCUGUAUUUACACAUACACAAAGGUAGUAAUGCACAUACUUAGAAUUCUUGUACGUUUGGACGUCAAGUAAAUAGUAUCUUUGUGCUGAACACUUACCUCUGCAAUAGCCUUUCUGGAAGAAUGAGUAACACAGGUACUUCUCAUCCUCAAUCAAUAUAGUUUUCCAGAAUUGAUAUUCCAGUUCUGUCUCAGAAUGUUCAGCAAGGCAUUCUUAAUUCGGAAAAUACUGCUAUUAAGGUAAAUCAGAAUCACAAGCAAUCAGGGUCACACUUAUGGUAAGAUUAUAUUCAUAUAAUUAAUACAAUUCAUAUAAUAUGUGCAUAUGUAGGUGUGCAUUUCCUUGUUAGAAGGAAUGUAAAUUAUAAAUACUGUUUAUUAUUUAUGUCUAUGAAUAUAUUCAUGAUUUUUAUUUCUACAGAAUCGAAUGUGGAGAAAGAAUCGCUCCAAAUAUCAAAACAGCACCUGUACUGGCACUGAUCUAAACCGGAACUUUGAUGCAGGGUGGUGUGGUAUGUGUGUUUUAAAAUCAACUUUUUUAAGUUGAAAUAUUUUUUAAUUGUUUGCAUAUUUUUAAUGUAUUAUCAGUUCAUGUAUUAACUAAUGGGAAUCAACUCCUGGCCUUGUGUGAACACUAUUUAUACUUGUGAUAUAUAUAUUUGAGAUAUAUAUUUUUUUUCAUUUUGAUUUAUUUAUUACUGGUGUUUAUAAAGUGCCAACAUAUUCCGCAGCGCUGUUUAUUUGGGAAAAGACAAACACAAUAAGAACAGACCGAGGACCCUGCCCGUGACCUUACAAUCUAAAGGUUAAAUGGGGAGAUGAGACAAGAGGUAGCAGAGGAAUUUGUAUGUGAUGACAGAGAGAGUUAGUAGUAUAGCUACAGUAGCUGAUAGCAUGUGAAGGGAAUGAAGAGGUGAUUGGCUGUGGUUCCAAGCAACUGGAAGAGCAUGCUAUAUAGUUAGAAGGAACCAGGGUGGGUGGGAGCAGGAGUGGGUGGCCGGGAACAGGGGCGGGUAGGCGGGUUGAGCCAAGUAAAAUUAAAUAGCCUUGUUGCAGGGAUGGAUGUAAGAGUGGACCUAAAGAGUAGAGAUACAGAGUUAUUUAAAGGAAUUUAUAGAUAGGAGUGGCAAACAGGGGAGGAGGUGGGGGGGAAAUGGUUGAGCAGACUAGCCAUUUGUCUCAUUCAAUUACACUAUUUGCCAACCAAAUAUAGAACACUAGAGGAAUACAAUACAAAUGUAACAGAAAGAAACCAUUAUUAUACUGUAACAUCAAUAAGCUGUUUUACUGAUCCCCUCGGUUUUCUCUAGAGCAGGUCCACAAAGCAAGGUAGAGAGAUAAAUGCACUGGAGCCAGCUAAACCACUGCACUCAGACCUCCACCCGGAAAGCAGAGUAUAUUGAUGUACAAUGCUCAAUGCAUUUUCUUAGCAACACAUAGGUUUAUUUAUAAUUUGAUGUACAAUUUCAGAUCAUGGUAAUAGAAAUAUGAAUGGUAUACAGUAAAUAAACAUUGUACAGACAGAAUAUAUAACAGCUCUUGUAACAUGUUGUCUCUUCUAGGUCCAGGUGCGUCCAGUAACCCUUGCCAUGAUAUAUAUUGUGGACCUUUUCCAGAAUCUGAAGCUGAAGUGAAAGCGGUUGUAAACUUUAUAAAAAAUAACUUAGAUGUGCUUAAAGGGUAUAUAAGUAUUCACUCUUACUCUCAGAUGGUGCUUUUUCCAUAUUCCUAUACAAAGAAGAAAACCAAGGACCAUGAAGAACUGGUAGGAAUCCUGUUGGUUUUUUUUUUGGUUUUUUUGCACUUAAAAUAUAUGUAAAGAUAUCUGGAAUGUGUUCAUAAAAAAAGUGUAACUGAUGAAGAUGAACAAAAUGAAGUCAUACUUUACAUCCAAUUAAACAGUAAAAUACGGAGGAACACCUACCUAUGUUAACAAUGAAUAAAGGUGCAAGGUGCCAGCAGAAACUAGCUGAGAACUAAUAUUAACAUGAUAUCCCUUUAUUGGCAACCCGAAACAAAGUGGGUGGGAUCAACUGCACAUGAGGGGUGAAAGAGAGGUUGAAGUCAAAGAGAACACCUAUGCAGUGAGCCUGUGAAGUAAGGCUGAUGAUAGUGCCAUUGACUUAGAGGGAGACAGACCUAGGAGUAGCAAAACUUGAGGGAGGAAUGACACAAAGUUUAAGGAAGUGAGCAGCCACCCAGUUAGAAAUAGCAGAGAGGCAGUCAGAGACAUGAGUCAAUAAGGUUAGCGAGAGAUCGGGAGAAGACAGAUAGAUUUGCAUGUCUUUCGAAUACAAAUUAUAUUGGAAGCCAAAAGAAGCUCAUGAGUUUACCAAGGAAGGGAGUAUAGAUUGUGAACAGGUGUAAGUAAGGGACCAAAUAUAGAACUUUGGGAAAUAACAACAAAGAAGAGUUGUGGAGAAGAGGCAGAGCCAGAGAAAGAAACACUGAAAGAUUGUUGGGAGAGGUAGAAGCGGAACCAGGAGAGUGUAGCAUCUCAUAAACAGAGUGAUGAAAGCAGCAGGAAGGUCAAUGAGAAUUAGGAUGGUGACCACUAGAUUAAAUUAAUUAACUCAUUUAAUACUUUGGUCAGAGCCGUUUCGACAAGCUGAGUGACUAGCGUUGAAUCCAGACUAAAGCGGAUCAAGCAGAGAGAUUCAUAGAAGUCAGUCAAUCCUGCACACACACACACACAACUCUCUCAAGGAUCUUGGAGGCAAAUGGUAGUAGUGAAAUAGGAUGGUAGUUAGAUGGGGAGUUAGGGUCAAGGUUGGGCUUUUUUGGAAGCAGAGGUUAUGGUUGCAUGCUUGAAGGAUGAAGGAAAAAUGUCAGAGGAGAAGGAGAGAUUCCAUAUUUUAGUGAGAGGCAGAGCAAGAGAAGGAGACCGAGUGUGAAUGAGAUACAAGGGAAUGGGAUUGAGGGAGCAGGUGGUGGGGCAGGAGAACUAGAACAGAGCAGAAACCUAUACUGGACACAUCAACAAAAUUCAUGCACCCCUAAAGCAAACACCCGGUCAACAGGUAUGAAUAAUUAGUGGCACAAUUACAUUCAUUUGUGUAGGAACUAUAUCCCAUAGAACAUUUCUUUCAGUAAACAAAUGUUUAGAACUAAUAUUAUUUGUGAAUUGUGUAACUCAAUAUGACAUUGUUGACAUUUGAUGGCCUCAGGACACAUUAUCAAACUAGAGGGGGCACAGAGCUGGUUUCCUCUUAUUCCCCCAUGUACGAGGAGUGGGGAGACUGAAUAAAACCAGUGAGUCAACUUAACUCCGCAAACACAGCUGCAGGUGUAAGUAAGAGAAUGCAGAGAGAGAGAGUAGUUACUUACACUAUAGUCCUACACACUGAAUAUCAUAGGUGGAAAGGAAGGAAAAAUAUGCAGUCUCUCUUAGGCUGGUAAGGAAUGCUGUUUAUAAAAGUCAUGUCCUAUAUGUAAAGUGUAGAAAAAAGGGGACUGCCAUUUGGAUGUCCUUUAAUUUAAAUUGUGGUCCUUAGGGCCACAAAGAGGUUUUUCUAUUUAUUAAUUUUUUUAGGGCAAGGGGAAGGGAGUAGACAUAGCACUGGGGUUCUAACAGGUUCUGAUCCUGUAAUACAAUUUUCCAAAAUUGAGAUAGCCAAAUAAAUAGGGAGAAAGCGAUGCCCAAACUGUGCAUAAUAAGUUUUAAAACACAUAAUACCAUUAUUUACUUAUUUACUUAUUUGGCUGUCUACAUUUUGGAAACCAUGAUGGGAAAGUCAGAUACUACCAACUGCACUGAGAAAGUGUGUAUUUUUUGCUUAAAUUACAGCUUUUUGAAUGAACACCUAAAUUUAAAGGUAAAUAAAUAAAUACAUUGAAUAUUGCUAAGAAUUCUAUUUUCAAAUAAUGCUUUUCUUUUUUUAAAUCUAGCAACAACUGGCAAACAGAGUGACUGAUGGCAUGAGGGCAACAUAUAGAAAUAAAUAUGCAUAUGGCACUGGAGCUGAAACUAUUUGUAAGUAAAAUUUGCAUAAACAGAUACUCUUAAAAACCAUAACCACUACCAUGCGCUGUAGUGGAUAUGAUUCUGGGAGCUACCGGGGUUGUCCGAUAGUAAUCUGUUAAAGGAACACUAUAGUCACCUAAAUUACUUUAGCUAAAUAAAGCAGUUUUAGUGUAUAGAUCAUUCCCCUGCAAUUUCACUGCUCAAUACUGUCAUUUAGGAGUUAAAUCACUUUGUUUCUGUUUAUGCAGCCCUAGCCACACCUCCCCUGGCUAUGAUUGACAAAGCCUGCAUGAAAAAAAAAAACUGGUUUCACUUUCAAACAGAUGUAAUUUACCUUAAAUAAUUGUAUCUCAAUCUCCAAAUUGAACUUUAAUCACAUACAGGAGGCUCUUGCAGGGUCUAGCAAGCUAUUAACAUAGCAGGGGAUAAGAAAAUCUUAAUUAAACAGAACUUGCAAUAAAGAAAGCCUAAAUAGGGUUCUCUUUACAGGAAGUGUUUAUGGACAGCUGUGCAAGUCACAUGCAGGGAGGUGUGACUAGGGUUCAUAAACAAAGGGAUUUAACUCCUAAAUGGCAGAGGAUAGAGCAGUAAGGCUGCAGGGGCAUGUUCUAUACACCAAAACUGCUUCAUUAAGCUAAAGUUGUUCAGGUGACUAUAGUGUCCCUUUAAACAAUUUAUAAACGGUUAGUCAAUUACCUUGCUAUGUAAGGCUCUCUUGGUCCUUCUGGUUUAUGUUAAUCAAAUAAACCUUAAAUGGACAACUUUAGCUUAAUGAAGCAGUUUUGGUGUAUAGAUAAUGUUCCUGCAGUCUCACUGCUCAAUUCACUGCCACUUAGGAGUUAAAUCACUAUGUUUAUGAAGCACUAGGCACACCUUCCUGCAUGUGACUUACACAGCCUUCCCAAACACUUCUUGUAAAGAACUAUCUAAUGUUUACACUUCCUUUAUUGAAAACUCUGCUUAAUUUAGAAUUUCUUAUCUCCUACUCUGUUAAUAGCUUGCUAUACCCUGCAGGAGCCUACAGAGCAGUAGAUAAAAACUAUUACAGAAAUUUACAUCUGACUGAAAAUUAAGCCAUUUUGUUUUCAAUCAUCAGAGAUGCAUUAGCUCAAUAAAUCUAUAUGGGGAGCAUUUGGCAUCUUCAUGCAGAGCAUGAAGAUGCUGAAUGGUGCUCCCGCAAGGAGGAAGUAACAGUAAGGGUCUUUAGUGCGUGUCCAAGUGACAGCCACUAGAAGUAUCCUUACAGCUCAUUGUAAACACUGCCUUUUUACUUAAUAUACACUUGCAAGAAGUAACUUGCGUUUUUGUUCACAGAUCUCGCACCAGGAGGCUCUGAUGACUGGGCUUACGAUAUUGGCAUCAAGUAUUCUUUUACCUUCGAACUCCGAGACAAAGGGACCUACGGUUUUUUACUUCCUAUGAGUCUAAUAAAGCCAACAUGUAGUGAAGCUUUAACUGGGAUCAAAAUCAUAGCAGGUCAUAUUGUCAAACAAAUAAAUUGACCAGCAACCUACCAGAUAUUUAUGCAUUUAUUGUACAACCGCAGCCACCUUGUAAAAUGGCACCAUGUGAUUUUAAAUCAUUUUGAGUCACAAAUUGUGUUCUCUCCAUCUUUUUUAGUGACUGGCCUCGCGAAUGUUUACGCCUACAAUUUUGCAUAACUAACUUGGAUCCAAAUUAAUUAUUCUGUGAUUUGAUGAAGAAUAUAUUGCAAACAUUACAAUUUGCAAAUCUGUGAAUGCUUUGUCACCCCCCCCCCCCAUUUGUACUAUAUUAACAGGAAAUGCUUUGUGUUAUACUUGUAUAUGUGACAUCAAAUGGUAUAAAAUCAUACAAUUAAACAAUAUAUAUCUUUUCAAAACAUAUUUUAGCUUCAAGAAUUUUUCUUUCAGCAGUCCGAUGCAGUUGGAUUUCCUAGUUAAAAGUGUGUUACUG